GAAUCAUCGCUUCCCGUAAACGUCAAACACUUUUGCUUCUUUUGCUGUUGUUGGUGAUUUUUCGCAACCUCACAGUUACAGUUUCUAUGUCCCAUCAGCAGCAGUUCGAAAUCGGUGCGGAAGAGUGAAGUGAAAUCGGGUUUACGCGAGUGUUUGCUUUAUUCUGUGUCCAACUGAGGCCGCUACAGGUUACUCCGUAUUAAAUACUGCAGUUGUUACUUACAUAAGACACGGAAUCAGGUUGAGUUGAUUGGAACGGGUCAGACUGUACUGCUCGUAGCAACCAAGGCUAGAAGAGAUGUCCAAAAGCAGCAAAAUUGUUCUUCGGAUUCAAUCUUCCGAUGGAACCAAACGGAUUGAGAUUCCGGAGAAUGGGACUCUGCGGGAUUUGUACGAGCUUGUUCACAGCGGCUUUUCGUUCGAUGACUAUGGCUUCGCCCUGUUUAAGGAACGCAACUGCAGUAAAGAGAUUGUGUCAAGCCGCUCUCAGACAGUCAAGGGAAAUGGACUUAAGCACGGUGAUAUGAUUUUUUUAAAGAAUAUUGCUGGACCGUCGACCUCGAAGGGACAUGAAAGAAGCUCCUCGACAGCUUCUGUUUCCUCUACAAAUAGUUCAACGUUCGGUGGAAUCGCCGGAUCAAGUCGUGAGGCUACUCCUAGCACCAGCUCCGGUACAGGGGCUGCAGCAACUGUGAAUGGAGAGGAUCCCGUUGACAUUGAGCUGUACAAGAUUGAUGGGAGGAUAACACGAAAAAGAGAUGAAAAAUUAUGCCGUCACAACUCUAACGGUUGCUGUGUACAUUGCUCCCCACUCGAACCGUGGGAUGAAACCUACCUCAAGGAGCAGAAAAUCAAGCACUGCUCCUUCCACACAUAUUUGAAAAAACUCACCUCGGGUGUGGAUCGCGGCAAAUUCGUAGCCAUGGAGGAUUUGAACUGCAAAGUCAAAAACGGUUGUCGCGAUCAUCCACCAUGGCCUAAAGGCAUCUGCUCCAAGUGUCAACCGUCAGCAAUCACACUAAAUCGGCAGACAUAUCGGCACGUAGACAAUGUAAUGUUUGAAAACACAGGAAUUGUUGAACGAUUCCUAAAUUAUUGGCGUACAACCGGGCAUCAGCGCAUUGGUAUGCUGUUUGGAACGUAUGAGAUCCACCCGGACGUUCCAUUGGGAAUAAGAGCGCGAGUGGCUGCCAUAUACGAGCCGCCUCAGGAGAGCACACGGGACUCUAUUCGGUUGCUGGACGAUGAACACGAGUCUGAGGUGGACGAAUUUGCCCAAAAGCUAGGAUUGCGCCGUGUCGGGUGGAUAUUCACUGAUUUGCUAGCCGAGGAUGCUGCGGCUGGAACAGUUAAGCAUGUACGAAAUAUUAAAACACAUUUCUUGACUGCUCAGGAGUGCAUAUUGGCAGGACAUCUGCAGAACAAAUACCCCAAUCGCUGCAAAUAUGCAUCGAAUGGCUAUUUUGGAUCAAAGUUCAUCACAGUUUGUGUGACUGGUGACGCUAAGAAACAGGUGCACAUGGAAGGGUACGCGGUUUCAGCUCAAUGCAUGGCGCUGGUGCGGGACAAUUGUCUCAUACCCACAAAAGAUGCUCCGGAGCUUGGUUAUAUCAGAGAAUCAUCCGACAAGCAGUACGUCCCGGAUGUCUACUACAAGGAAAAAGAUGUCUAUGGUAACGAAGUUCAACGUCUGGGGCGACCGCUGCCGGUUGAAUACUUGUUGGUUGAUGUGCCCGCUUCGACACCCAUGAUUCCACUGUACACAUUCCACGAACGGAAAGACGUCAGUCAUUAUUUUCCGGUGGAAAAUCGCCUCAUCGAUGGACACAUUCAGGACUUUGCUGCUCUAAGCGACUACUUGGGAAGGUCACGUUCAAUGGACUUUUUGGAGACCAUGUCAGAUUUCCAUCUGCUUCUGUAUCUCUACCGUAUGGACAUGUUGCCAAUGAAAUCUCAAAUGGCAUCGCUGUUGGUGGCCGUUCGUGAUAAGGAUAAAACCGAAGCCAACGACUGGAAGAACCAAGAGGUGUGGCGAACUUUGGAACAACUGAUCUCUGCCACUUCACAUCAUGACGACUCUAGCAUGAGUAACGACGUGGAAUUCGUGUCGGCUGGCGAAGUGGAGCAAAACUGGACCUGCUCUCACUGCACCUUCAUCAACAGCCGGGAACUCCCAACAUGCGAAAUAUGCAAUCUUCCCCGAGUUUAAUCACUACCGCAACAGAGACAUGUACUAAAGGGUGGCUGCCAAAUUUAGCAACACAAAAUUCCAUCACUUAAGAUAUCUCAAAUGUGUAUAUUGCCUGCGUACUGAAACGUUUUAAAUUUUGUGGGAUAUCUGUCAGUAGAGUCACCCUCCUGUAGCGCGGGAAAUAAACAGUAGCGGGAAAAUAUGCGAAUUCUUUUUUAUCCAACUCCAUAGCGAAAUCUUUUGUGCAAAUUUCCACUUCUCGGGAGUCCAAUUCCGACGAAGUUGUGUCAAAGACAUCUACUAUCUGCCUGGAGGAGAACACUUAGAACACCCGUUUAUACUGAAUUGUGUUUGUUAGUUUUUCUAUUCUGGAGUGUUAAAACAAAACUGAAAGAGUAGACACGGUGAAAGCGACUAAAAGCUGAAUUGAAUUCAUAUAACAUUUAAGCAAAUAUUUAUUUUUGAAUCUAAAAUAAAAAUUUGGAAUGGA